CUGAACUGUCAUGGCGGCCGUCCUCAGUGAGAGCUUCCCAGCUAAGAGUGAGAGCCCUGGCUGUGCUGUAACCGGAAGCCGGUGACUGGCAAGGAGACCCAUGAUACCUCGUCAUCUUCAUAGUUUGGGCAGAAACUAUAUUGCCCGAUCAGAAUACCCUAAGGCUCUGUUUAUGAACAGGCCUGGUUUUUGUUACCCAUGGUGGACUGGACAUCAUCCCUGGGCUUCAUACCCACCAGUCAACAAUUGCCAUCCUCCAGUAAACUGGAGACCUCACCAUUCUUUUGGCCCAGUAAGAACUUCAUAUCCAAAUUAUUUUCAUUGGAACGCCCCUCAAUCAUCUUGGAUUCAUUUUUCUAACUUUAACAUGGCAUCUAAGGGAGAUGAACCGUUGCCGAAACGUUUCAAAACUGGAGACGAAAGCCGUCAUGAAAAAGUGUCCUCUAAAAGAUCAUACAGUCCAGCUAAAGAUUUCAUAGUCCCACCAAUGACUAAUUCUUCUGCUUUACCUUCCUCCAAGAAUCUUGGAAAAGAGGCACCUUUCAAAGGACCGAUUAGAAGACAGUGGGAGAAUUUUAACCACUGUUAUAUGGAAACAUCUAGUGCUCAACAUGGUCGCAGAAGAUCACCUAUACAAUUUGACUUCACUGUUCUAUCCUAUAACAUUCUUUCUCAAGACUUGCUGGAGGACAACUCUCACCUAUACAGCCAUUGCCGAAGGCCAGUUCUUUUCUGGAGCUACAGACUCCCCAAUAUCCUCAAAGAGCUCAGAGAGAUGGAUGCUGAUAUACUUUGUUUACAAGAGGUUCAAGAAAAUCACUACCGCACCCAGAUCAAGCCCAGUUUGGAAGCUCUUGGUUACCACUGUGAAUACAAAACACGAACUGGAAGUAAGCCUGACGGUUGUGCCAUUUGCUUCAAGUCCUCUAAGUUUCUUUUAACAAUGACAAAACCUGUGGAGUAUUAUCGGGAGCACAUUAAUCUGUUAGACAGAGAUAACAUUGGCCUUAUUCUUCUACUCCAGCCGAGAGUGGACCAGGAAGCGCCCUCAAUAUGUAUAGCAAAUACACACUUGUUAUAUAACCCACGGAGAGGAGACAUUAAACUGACUCAGCUGGCAAUUCUUUUGGCAGAAAUUUCUGGUGUUGCACAUUUGACAGGCAGCAGUUCUUGUCCUAUUGUCCUUUGUGGAGACUUUAAUUCUGUACCCGGAUCUCCCUUACACAGUUUUAUAAAAGAAGGGGUGUUGAACUAUGGGGGAUUAUCAAUUGGAAAGGUUUCAGGCCAAGAGCAGUAUUCUUCAGGAAGAAGGCCUUUAUCCAUUCCUAUUUGGCCAGACUCACUCGGCAUCUCCCAGAACUGUGUUUAUGAAUCAAAGGAAAGCACAGAAAAAGCUGAAGAACAAGCAAUUGAAGAGCAGUCUGUACAGAAUAAAAGUAGGGUGCAAUCCAGCAUACAGCACCAUUUCAGCUUGUCCUCAGUCUAUUCACAUUAUGUUCCUGGGACUGGAAUGCCUGAAGUCACAACAUGUCACUCCAAGUCUGCAAUCACUGUGGAUUACAUUUUCUACUCCUCUGCUAUGGAUGAUAUUUUUGUUCCGCCAGGUGCCAGUGUGCCUUCUAAUGGAUUGAAGCUUCUCGGGAGACUAUCUCUACUCACUGAACAGGAUCUAUGGAGUGUCAAUGGGCUACCCAACGAAAACAAUUCCUCCGAUCACCUUUCAUUACUAGCCAAAUUCAGGCUGGAAAUAUGACUCCGACUCAAAAAAGGAUUUUCAUUUUCUUUGUCUUAAUUUACAUUUUGAGUAGGUUUUAAUAAAACACCUGGAUAAAACUUAAAGCCAGGAUGAAGGACAGAUAUUUGUUUUAGAGCUCUUAUUUUUAUUAAUGUUUUUUGUUUUCUCUUUAUCCCUUUUAAAAAAAAAUUUU